AUGCUUUUGCACGAGAUUAAAGGCUUGGAGGAAUUCGAAUCAGACGAACUUUACAAACAAUUUACUGCAGACGAUUUCGAUGUAAAAGCAAUAACAUCAUCUGCUGUACAGUGUGCUGCGGUGGCAGAACAUCUUGCAAAAUUGAGCGCUGGUAUUUCGAUUCUAGACAAAGCUUUACAUCACCAAGUGUCUUCUCAUUAUGAAGAUCUUCUUUCCCAAGCUACGGAGAUCGAAACUUUCGAAGAGGUACUUGUGGGUGUACAUCAACAGAUUCAAAAUCUUCUGUCAUCUGCCGAAAAAUUAAAAGGGAAAGUUGUUCAGCCUUACGAAACAAUAGCCACUCUGACGCGCAAAUUACAUAGGCUUCAUGUUGUUUGUGAUCUUUUGAGAAAGAUAAUCCGAGUGGUGCGUGUAUGCAGGCGUCUGAAAAACCAUAUGUCAAAAGAACCUCCGGAAUUAUCAAAGGCCGCCAACUGUUUAAGUGAAUUGGAGGAAAUGGAUAGUUUAAUGGGGUUAACAGUUAUUGAGACUGAACUCAGAUAUAUUAAGCAUGUUAAAUCUGCGAUACAAAAUGAGAAUAAAGGAAGUUAA